AUGACGUUGGUGUUAUCAGCUAAACCAAAACUAUUUUAUCUUUCAAAUCAACAAUUACAAACCAUAAGUAAAAGAUUAUUAUCAACAUCAGUUAAAAGGCAAACUAAUAGAUUAACGAAUGGUUUAAUUAAAACACAUCAUCAACAAAAUAGAUCUAAUAAUAGACAAAAUCAAAAAAUAGCAUUGGUUUCUGGCAUAGUAAUAGUUGGUUCAUAUAUUGCAUUUAAUCAAUCAAAUUAUUAUAAUUUAGAUACAUUACCCUCAUCACCAUCUUCGGGGAAAGCACCAAAAUUAUUAGAAGAUAAUAAAAAGUUUUAUUCAACAUCAACUAAUUCACAAAGUAUAAGUCAUCAACAACAUAAAGAAGGAGUUUUUUUAUUAAAUGAUGAACAAGUAAGUAGAAAAUUACGUCAAUUUGAAGAAAGUUAUUUUGUAAAUAGAGGUAAAGGAGUUGUACGUUAUGAUAUUUGUCAAUUACCAUCAAACUCACCAAUUGAAGAUGAUAGAGCUGAAGAAAUUGUUCAGGUUCCAAUUUUACAAGAUAAUAAUAUUAAAACUUCAACUGACUGGAUGUUUUUUGGUGUUUUUGAUGGUCAUGGUGGUUGGACUACAUCAUCUAAAUUAAGAGAUCAAUUAAUUGGUUAUGUUAUUCAUGAAUUGGGUACUAUUUAUAAACCAGUUCAAGGUGAAGAAAAUUUAAGAUAUGUACCAAAUUCAGCAACAAUUGAUCAAGCUAUCAAAAAUGGUUUUUUGAAAUUGGAUCAUGAAAUUGUUACAAAAAACAUUGAAAAAUUAUUAUUAGAUGGUAAUAAAGCAAAAGCUGCUGAAUUAUUAAUGCCGGCAUUAUCAGGUUCAUGUGCAUUAUUAUCAUUUUAUGAUACAAAUUCAAAAAUGUUAAAAGUUGCAGUUACUGGUGAUUCAAGAGCUAUAUUAGGAAGUUUUAAAGAUAAUAGAUGGACAGUACGUCAAUUAAGUAUUGAUCAAACAGGUGCAAAUCCAACUGAAGUUGCAAGAAUUAUAAGUGAACAUCCAGACGAACCAAAAGUUAUUAGAAAUGGUAGAGUUUUAGGUGGAUUAGAACCAACUAGAGCAUUUGGAGAUUGUAGAUAUAAAUUACCAGCAACUAUACAAGAAAAAAUUUAUAAACAAUUUUUUGGUAGAUCAUUACCAAAUCAAUUAAAUUCACCACCUUAUGUUACAGCAGAACCAGUUAUAAGUACAACAAAAAUAAAUCCUGAUAAUAAUGAUUUUUUAGUUAUGGCAUCUGAUGGAUUAUAUGAAAUGUUAUCAAAUGAAGAAAUUAUUGGAUUAGUUGUUAAAUGGAUGGAAAAGGAAAAAAUGAUAAAACCACAAAAAUCAAUAUGGAAUUAUUUUAAUAAAGAUAAUAAUUUACCAGAAGUUUCAGAUAUAACACAAGAUAAAUCACUGAAGAAACCAUUUAGAAGAUUAUCAACAAAUCAAGGCUUUAUGUUACAAGAUAAUAAUGUAUCAACACAUUUAAUAAGGAAUGCAUUAUCUAAUGGUGGAUCAAAAGAACAAACUGCAAUGUUAAUAUCAAUACCAAAUCCAGUUUCAAGAAGAUAUAGAGAUGAUUUAACUGUAACUGUUGUAUUUUUUGGUAAAGAUCAUAAUAAUAUAAUACAGAAUAAUAAUAAUGGUACUUCAACUGUUGGAAACGAUCAAGGUCAAUUAGAGGUAAAUAGUCAAGCUACAGCUGGUGGAUUAGAUGCUUCAAAACCAAAAUUAUAG